UGCCCGCAUCUAGCGUAGAAGAAGAAGAACCCCUUGUGGCUAUCUCUGAGCUAGUAAAGUAUCGAUACUUGAGUUUAUCUAGCAGCUUAAACUUUGAACGUGUUGUUGUGUUUUGUUCAGGGUAUCAUCGAAAAUGAUCCUGACUGUGAAACCGCUUCAGGGGAAAGAAUGCAGCGUUCAGGUGACUGAAGACGAAAAGGUCUCCACAGUGAAGGAACUUGUGUCAGAACGUCUCAACAUACCAGCAAACCAGCAGCGGUUGCUCUAUAAAGGGAAAGCGCUCGCAGAUGAACACAGACUGAGUGAUUACUCCAUUGGGCCAGAGGCUAAAUUGAAUCUGGUUAUCCGUCCAGUGGGGGAGAGGACCGGAGGGUCAGGGACUGCUGCCAGCAGCAGCAGCAGCACACAGGGAAGAGUGUGGCAGACUGUGUCCACUAUCCUUGCUAGACACUUUAGUCCAGCAGAUGCAGCAAAAGUCCAUGAACAGCUUAUUAAGGACUAUGAACGUUCACUUCGACAACUUAGUCUCGACGACAUUGAGCGCUUGGCGGGAAGACUGCUUCACCCCGACGGCGAGGGCAUGGACACCUCAUAUAUGGACUGAAAAUGCCCCGCUGGAAGUUGCUUACUGUGAUUGUGUUUUGCGAGGUGCUCAGUGCUUGGAGGUGCAUACAGUGUUCAGAGUGUGAGACAUGGAAAACACAGUAUCAGUUUUCAUGCAGAGAGCCCCGGCUGUGUGCCUAGUCAUUGGCUGAAUCAACACAGAUAACACUGACUGUCGAUUAUCUCUCAGCAAUAGGGCUUUCUUAUCCAUGACCAAAGGCCUUGGAUAAGAAAACUUUGCAUCAGUCACUGUCAUUGAUGACGCAGCAAUGGCACAAGACCUGAUCCCAUAAUAUUAGAAUACAAAGGAAUCCAUUUAUGCUGUUGGUUUCGCAUGAUCUCUGGCUGCUACAACUCCCAGUGGACACUAGCUUCUACUGGAGGGUAUUUUGUUAGUAAUAUCUGUGUUGGAUUAUGACUGGGUGUUUUCUGUCAACCACCCAUGAGAAGGUAACACAUGUUUUAUUCCGUAACUAACUGAUGUUCAUUGUAUGAUUUGUAAAUAUGUUUAUAUAUAAUACAUACAUUAAACCACAGAAAAAAAAAAAGACAA